AUGGCUAUCAUCACCCCACAAAACUGCGCCGAUCUCUCAGCUAUUGGAAUCCAGACUAGCGGUAGUUACUAUGUCGGCCACCCUCAGCCAUUCCAAGUGUCCUGUGACAUGGACACUGCUGACGGCGGGUGGACGGUCAUACAGCGGCGCCAGGACGGGUCGGUGGCGUUUAACAAACUGUGGACCGAGUACGUGCAGGGAUUCGGUAACGUAAACGGCGAACUCUGGUUAGGACUUGAACACUUACACACCCUCACCACACCGACACAGAACGAACUUUACGUGUAUUUGGAAGACUGGGAGGGAAACUCGCGCCACGCACGGUACAGCACGUUUUCUGUGGGAGCUUCUACCAGCGACUACCGAGCAACACUGAGUGGGUACAUGUCAGCAGAUAGCGAUGUAGAUGACGACCUGACUACGACUAGUAACAAUGGACGCCACAGCAUCAAUGGGAGAGGGUUUGCUACAACAAACCACGGUGGUUUCAGUAACUGUGCAGUUGACUAUGGACAAGGCGGAUGGUGGUAUCCCACAAGUUGUGGCCUGGCCUUGUUGAACGGACAGUACUUAACGACGUGUUCCACUACAACCCCCCCAUCCUGCAGUAGUGCCGACGGUAUCGUCUGGAAAGCCUGGAAAACUUACGAUUAUUCUUUGAGGAAAACAACUAUGAUGAUCAGACCGGGCACUUCACCACCCUCUUCCCUAAACACAUGUCAGAAUGGAGGGACCCUGACGCCAGGCAUGGCGGGAAGUGGCGUUUACACCUGUACCUGUCCUGCAGGAUUCGGAGGGACGUACUGUGAUCAGCGCAAGGAGGGAGACACUUGUGACACGUACACAGGUACCAUUAUUACGCCACAAAGCUGCGCUGACCUGUCGGCCAUGGGAAUCCAGACCAGCGGUACUUAUCAUAUCGGCCACCCUCAGCCAUUCCAAGUGUCCUGUGACAUGGGCACUGAUGGCGGCGGGUGGACGGUCAUACAGCGGCGCCAGGACGGGUCGGUACAAUUCAACAAACCGUGGGCCGAGUACGUGCAGGGAUUCGGUGACGUUAGCGGUGAACUCUGGUUAGGACUUGAACACUUACACACCCUCACCACACCGACACAGAACGAACUGUACGUGUAUUUGGAAGACUGGGAGGGAAACUCGCGCCACGCACGGUACAGCACGUUUUCCGUGGGAGCUUCUACCAGCGACUACCGAGCUACACUGAGUGGGUACAUGUCAGCAGAUAGCGAUGUAGAUGACGACCUGACUACGACUAGUAACAAUGGACGCCACAGCAUCAACAGUAGAGGGUUUGCUACAACAAACCACGGUGGUUUCAGUAGCUGUGCAGUUGACUAUGGACAAGGCGGAUGGUGGUAUCCCACAAGUUGUGGCCUGGCCUUGUUGAACGGACGGUACUUAACGACGUGUUCCACUACAACCCCUCCAUCCUGCAGUAGUGCCGACGGUAUCGUCUGGAAAGCCUGGAAAACUUACGAUUAUUCAUUGAGGAAAACAACUAUGAUGAUCAGGCCGGGCACUUCAUCACCCUCUUCCCUAAACACAUGUCAGAAUGGAGGGACCCUGACGCCAGGCAUGGCGGGAAGUGGCGUUUACACCUGUACCUGUCCUGCAGGAUUCGGAGGGACGUACUGUGAUCAGCGUAAGGGACAUUCCAUUCAUACAUAG